GACGGAUCCUCCGAAGGAAGCAGCGCAGGCCCCACCGGCGUUGGCCCGCCGCCUUCGCCGUCGCUACACACCAAUCCGACCCCUGUGGCCCGAUCUGAUCGGGUCUGGCCUGCCCGGCCUCAGGGGCCUCGGGGCCGCGGCUCCCGAUGGAAAUCAUAUGACAGCGUAUUUGGGUGACAACUGCCUGAAAGAUCUUCAAGAAUUACAGAAGACAAAAACACUAAUGCGUUUCAGAAAGCGGUAAAGUUUGGGGGGAGGGGGAAAAAGCAACUGCUUUCCCGAUCUACAAUUUGGCUGGAUGCUAAGAUGUCCGUGGACAUGAAUAGCCAGGGGUCUGACAGCAAUGAAGAGGACUAUGACCCAAAUUGUGAGGAAGAGGAAGAGGAAGAGGACCCUGGGGACAUAGAGGACUAUUAUGUGGGAGUAGCCAGUGAUGUGGAGCAGCAGGGCGCUGAUGCCUUUGAUCCUGAGGAAUACCAGUUCACCUGCUUGACCUACAAGGAGUCUGAAGGUGCCCUUAACGAACACAUGACCAGCUUAGCCUCUGUCCUAAAGGUAUCCCAUUCAGUUGCUAAACUUAUAUUAGUUAAUUUCCACUGGCAAGUCUCAGAGAUCUUGGACAGAUACAAAUCCAAUUCUGCUCAACUGCUCAUUGAGGCUCGAGUCCAGCCUAAUCCAUCAAAACAUGUUCCCACAGCCCAUCCCCCUCACCAUUGUGCAGUGUGUAUGCAGUUUGUGCGGAAGGAAAACCUACUCUCUCUGGCCUGUCAGCACCAGUUUUGCCGCAGCUGCUGGGAGCAACACUGCUCAGUACUUGUCAAGGAUGGCGUGGGUGUGGGAGUCUCCUGUAUGGCUCAGGACUGUCCACUUCGUACACCAGAGGACUUUGUGUUUCCGUUGCUUCCCAAUGAAGAAUUGAGAGACAAAUACAGGCGCUACCUCUUUAGGGACUAUGUGGAGAGUCAUUACCAGCUCCAGCUGUGCCCUGGUGCAGACUGCCCCAUGGUUAUUCGGGUACAGGAGCCUAGAGCUCGUCGAGUGCAGUGCAAUCGGUGCAAUGAGGUCUUCUGUUUCAAGUGUCGUCAGAUGUAUCAUGCCCCAACAGACUGCGCCACGAUCCGGAAAUGGCUCACGAAGUGUGCAGACGACUCUGAAACGGCCAACUACAUUAGUGCCCACACUAAAGACUGUCCCAAGUGCAACAUCUGCAUUGAGAAGAAUGGAGGCUGCAAUCACAUGCAAUGCUCCAAGUGUAAACACGACUUCUGUUGGAUGUGUCUAGGAGACUGGAAGACUCAUGGCAGCGAAUACUACGAGUGUAGUCGGUACAAGGAGAAUCCUGACAUUGUCAACCAGAGCCAGCAAGCCCAGGCCAGGGAGGCCCUCAAGAAGUACUUGUUCUACUUUGAGAGGUGGGAAAACCACAACAAAAGCUUGCAGCUAGAGGCACAAACAUACCAGCGUAUUCACGAGAAGAUUCAGGAAAGGGUCAUGAAUAAUCUGGGGACAUGGAUUGACUGGCAGUACCUACAGAAUGCUGCGAAGCUCUUGGCCAAGUGUCGAUACACCCUGCAAUACACUUACCCAUAUGCAUACUACAUGGAGUCUGGACCCAGGAAGAAGCUGGCCCUGCCCCGGCUACAGCCCCUUCUCCUUUUGACCCUCCUGCUCUACCCAUACAGUUUGAAUACCAGCAGGCUCAGCUGGAGGCUGAGAUUGAAAACCUCUCAUGGAAAGUGGAGCGUGCAGACAGCUAUGACAGAGGGGAUUUGGAGAACCAGAUGCAUAUAGCGGAACAGCGGAGGAGAACCCUGCUGAAGGAUUUCCAUGACACCUAAGUUGGGACAUGAAUGUGCCAGGGUGAGGAAGAUGUGGCUGUGAGGUCUUCUGGCUGCGAUACUGCAUGCUGCAGGCUCUGCCUUUCAUGACCCCAGGCGACAGCUAGGGCCCCACUCCUGAGAGACACUGGCAACACACCUCUUAGUCAAUUUCUGUUUUCUUCUCAUCUUUUUGCUUUUUGUUUCUACCAGGGUAGAAGCUAUGUUGAAUUGGCAUCUUUUCAGGACUUUUAGUACUCCCUGGAUGGUUGUUGGGAGGGAGGAAAAGUUUUUUCCAAAUGGCUAUUAAUAGUAUUAGAUCAUUACAACUUAUGUAAUUUUAAAGGUUGUACAAUUAUAUAAAAAACAAAGGCAACCAAACCAUAGGAUAACACAGAGCCCUUUUUAAAAAUAAAUUGGCAUUGGAGUGUUUUACCCUCUAGCUAUUUUACUUAGAAUGUAACAUAUGCUGCCCACCCAUCCUGCCUCAGAAUGUCUGUACUGCAAGAGGGCCCCAGGGUGGCCUCUGCUUUUCAAAUUCACAUGUUUGACCACACCUGGAGUCCCAAGGAAAGAGCAAGGUGGCAGAUGGUGGGGAAUUGAGUUGGUCUGUGUAAUGGGCGUGGAGCACAGGGAGUCACAUCAUGCCUUCUGCCUUACCUUGGCACUAAGGAGACAGUACAGAAGAGGGUCUUCUUGCUAAGAGGUGUCUCUGGUGGCACUGUGUGUCUGUGGGCUCAUCUUUAUUCUUGAAAGUGAGGUUUACCUGGGCUAGAGCCCACAGCAAAACAUAGAUGGGCUUGUGGCCCUCCAGACUAGGGGUUCAGCAUGGUGUUUCCUUUUGUCUCCUAAAGAUAGAGAUCCACUUUUGAAGGGAAUUGUUCCUCCAAAUAAAUUUGUUUUACCUUGGUCCCUUC